ACCAAGCAAAAUCUAACAAACUAGCUAACGUUAGCUAACCCCUUCCAAAAUGGCAGUUUUCAAAGUAGGGGAACGGUCAUAAUUGUGGAAAUAACAUUAGAAGAAACAGCAAACGCGUCAUCGUGUGGCAAAUUCUUUAAUUCUUUUAACAUUCUUUAAAAAGCGGUGGCUUUGAGCAGUCGCCAUGGACACCACCACCUCCCUGAAGAUGACCGCUCUGGCCACUCAGAGCCUCUUUGGCUGCGUGGAGGAGGAGAACCUGCCCGCCCUCAGGGCCCACCUGGACAAGUUCAAAGAGGUGGAUGGCCGCAGUGAGAGCGGCCAGACAGCCCUGAUGCUGGCUGCGGAGCAGGGCAGCGUGGAGAUCGUCCAGGAGCUCAUCAGGAGGGGAGCCAACGUCAACCUGGAUGACGUUGACUGCUGGACGGCGCUGAUCUCCGCGGCCAAGGAAGGGUAUGUGGAGGUGGUGAAGGAGCUGCUGGCCAACAAUGCCAACGUGGAGCACAGAGAUAUGGGUGGUUGGAGCGCCCUCAUGUGGUCAGCGUACAAAGGACGUGUGGAAGUGGCCAGGCUGCUGUUGGAGAAGGGAGCCAAUCCCAACAUCACCGGACAGUACAGCGUGUACCCCAUUAUUUGGGCUGCCGGACGAGGGCACGCAGAGAUCGUCCACCUCCUGCUCCAGUACGGAGCCAAAGUCAACUGCUCCGACAAGUAUGGCACCACACCCCUGAUCUGGGCGGCCCGGAAGGGACACUACGACUGCGUCAUGCACCUGCUGGAAAACGGGGCGGACGUGGACCAGGAGGGCGCGAACUCCAUGACGGCGCUAAUCGUGGCGGUGAGGGGCGGCUUCACCGAGGUGGUGAAGGAGCUGCUGCAGAGGAACCCCAACGUCAACAUGACUGACAAAGACGGGAACACGGCCCUGAUGAUCGCCGCCAAAGAGGGCCACACCGAGAUUGUGCAGGACCUGCUGGACGCCGGCACUUACGUCAACAUCCCUGACAGGAGUGGGGACACAGUGCUCAUUGGAGCGGUGCGCGGGGGUCACGUGGAGAUAGUCAGAGCCCUACUGAACAAAUACGCCGAUAUUGAUGUCAGAGGUCAGGACAAUAAGACCGCCCUCUACUGGGCUGUGGAGAAGGGCAAUGCCACCAUGGUCAGAGACAUCUUGCAGUGCAACCCUGACACCGAGAUCUGCACCAAGGAUGCAGAGACCCCUCUGAUCAAAGCCACCAAAAUGAGGAACAUCGAGAUCGUGGAGCUGCUCUUGGACAAAGGAGCCAAAGUGUCUGCUGUGGACAAGAAAGGAGACACCGCGCUGCACAUCGCCAUCCGGGGCCGAAGCCGCAAGCUGGCGGAGCUCCUGCUGAGGAACCCCAAAGAUGGCCGCCUGCUGUACCGCCCCAACAAGGCGGGCGAGACACCCUACAACAUCGACUGCACCCACCAGAAGAGCAUCCUCACCCAGAUCUUCGGAGCCAAGCACCUGUCCCCCACGGAGUGUGACGGGGACAUGCUGGGGUACGACCUGUACAGCAGCGCCCUGGCGGACAUCCUGAGCGAGCCCACCAUGCAACCGCCCAUCUGCGUGGGGCUGUAUGCCCAGUGGGGCAGCGGCAAGUCCUUCCUGCUCAAGAAACUGGAGGAUGAGAUGAAGACCUUCGCCGGCCAGCAGGUGGAGCCGCUGUUCCAGUUCUCCUGGCUGGUUGUGGUCCUCACGUUGCUGCUGUGUGGCUCGGUGGCCCUGAUCCUGGGCUUCACUGUCGACCCCCGCCUGGCCAUCGCCGUGUCCCUCAGCCUGCUGGCCCUGCUCUACAUCUUCUUCGUGGUUGUGUACUUUGGCGGACGACAGGAGGGCGAGAGCUGGAACUGGGCGUGGGUCCUCAGCACCCAUCUGGCACGGCAUAUUGGUUACCUGGAGCUGCUGCUCAAACUGAUGUUCGUUAACCCUCCAGAACUGCCCGAGCAGACCACCCGUGCUCUGCCUGUCAGGUUCCUGUUCACAGACUAUAACCGCCUCUCCAGUGUGGGCGGGGAAACCUCUAUGGCUGAGAUGAUUGCCACUCUCUCAGACGCCUGCGAGAGGGAGUUCGGCUUCCUGGCCACCAGGCUGUUCAGGGUCUUCAAGACCGACGAGAUUCAAGGUAAGAAGUGGAAGAAGACGUGCUGCGUCCCGUCCUUCGUCAUCUUCGUCUUCGUGCUGGCCUGCCUGAUCACCGGGCUGGCCCUGCUGGCCGUCUUCAAAGUGGACCCCGAGAACAUGACGGUGAACGCGGUCCUGAUCGGCAUGGCCAGCGCCGUGGGCCUGGCCCUGCUGCUCAACUUCUGCACCUGGUGGAAGGUGCUGGACUCGGUGCUGAACUCGCAGAGGAAGCGUCUCCACGGCGCCGCCAACAACAUGCACAAGCUGAAGAGCGAGGGCUUCAUGAAGGUAUUGAAGUGUGAGGUGGAGCUGAUGGCCAAGAUGGCGAAGACUAUUGAUGGGUUCACCCAGAACCAGACCCGGCUGGCUGUCAUCAUUGAUGGGUUGGACGCGUGCGAACAGGACAAAGUGCUCCAGAUGCUGGACACGGUGAGGGUGCUGUUCUCCAAGGGGCCCUUCAUCUCCAUCUUCGCCAGCGACCCCCACAUCAUCAUCAAGGCCAUAAACCAGAACCUCAACAGCGUGCUGCGCGACUCCAACAUCAACGGCCACGACUACAUGCGCAACAUCGUGCACCUGCCCGUCUUCCUCAACAGCCGGGGCCUCAGCACCACCAAGAGGCUGUGCAUGGCCGCGCCCGCCAACGGAGACCUGUCCAACACAGACGGCUGGCAUGAGGACAUGGAUAGGAAGCUGUCUCAAAACAGCCUCGGGGAGCAGGGCAAGCUUGGCAGCAAGACAGCGCUCAACCGAAGGGACACCUACCGCAGGAGACAGAUGCAGAGGACCAUUACCCGGCAGAUGUCCUUUGACCUCACCAAACUGCUGGUCACUGAGGACUGGUUCAGCGACAUUAGCCCCCAGACCAUGAGGAGGCUUCUCAACAUCGUGUCUGUCACAGGUCGCCUGCUGAGGGCCAAUCAGGUGAUCUUUAACUGGGACCGCCUGGCAUCGUGGAUCAACCUGACGGAAGAGUGGCCCUACAGGACCUCCUGGCUCAUCCUGUUCCUGGAGGAGACAGAGGGCGUGUCCGACCAGGCCACGCUUAAGAGCAUCUACGAAAGGAUCUCAAAGAAUAUCCCCACCACCAAAGACGUGGAGCCCCUGCUGGAGAUUGAUGGGGACAUCCGCAGCUUCGAGGUGUUCCUGUCCUCCAGGACGCCCAUGCUCACGGCCCGCGACAUCGAGAUGUUCCUGCCCUGCACUGUCAACCUGGACCCCAAGCUCCGCGAGAUCAUCGCAGAUGUGCGUGCCGCGCGGGAGCAGAUGCACAUCGGAGGAGUGAGCUAUCCCACGCUGCCGCUGCAGGACGCCCCUCCCCGCGCCCCCUCUGUUUUCAGUCAGCACUCCUCGGCCUGCUCGCCCACCGGCUCCUUCACCGGCCACUUCCCUCCCCAGGGGGUGGCGCCCCCUCAGUCUCACAGCAGCUACUACAGCGGCAUGACCGGGCCCCAGCACCCCUUCUACAACAGGCCAUAUUUCCCUCACCAUGUCUAUCACCUGCCAAGGUAUUACGUUGGCAGUUCUCAUCAUGCCCCGCCUCGCCCAUCCAUUAAAACUACAUUUCCCAGGGAUCCCAGCAGUGGACUUGAUGUUAUCGAGGAGGACGUCAAUGAGGGCCUCCCCUCCCCCACUAGCCCCUCCAUGCCUUUUAAGUCACAGCCUCUCAACCUGAAACAGGGCUCGGCCUCGGUGGCGUCCAGUGUCCCGACAGUUCUACUGAGCUCCCUGAACACAGACAGCGUUUGCGAGCAGGUCCAGCAGAUCCAGGGCAUCGAUCAAAGCAUGCUGCCGCAGUACACCGCCACCAUCAGGAAGGCCAACGUUAACGGCAGAGUUCUGGCCCAGUGCAAUCUCGACGAGCUCAAGAAGGAAAUGGACAUGAACUUUGGGGACUGGCAUCUCUUCAGGGGAAUGGUGAUGGAGCUCCGGCACGUGGAGAGCCAGGCCCUGCAGGAGGAGCCGCAGGCGGGGAGUGAGCAGGGCGCGGCCGGGCCGGGGCACGGGCACCCGGCACACCGCCCGGCCGCUGCGUCUCAUGACGGUGCCACUAACGCCGACGGCUCCCUCACCUACAGCAUCAACCUGAGCUUCGAGGAGCUGAGCAAUGUGGGCCUGGACGAGGCACAGAGGACCAGCCAGCCCACAUGGAUGGCCAGCACCCACCGCACCGCCAGCAUGUCCAGCCUCAACUCCCAGGAGUCCUCCAACGACAUCUGCAAGCUGACGGACAGGCAGCAGGCAGAGUACCGCGACGCCUACCGGGAGUACAUCGCGCAGAUGGCCCAGCUGGAGGGCUCGGGCAGCGGGGCAGAGCGGCCCGCCCAGCCCCACCGGAGCCAGUUCCUGCAGGGCGGAGCCUCGCACCCGGGCCCCGAGGAUAAGGGCAAGGAUGAGCAGGAUGCCCGCAAACCGUUCGCUAAGAGGGGCAGCAAACCCGCAGACCCCGCCGAGCUCGCUCCGCCGUCCGCGGGCGCGGCCGACGCCUCAACACUCGAUCCAAUCACAGAGGAGGAGGAGAGGCCUGACCACGCCCUGGGGAAGUCCCUGCUGGGCUGCACGCUGUCGGCAGAGAGGGUGGGGCUGAAGCUGAAGGGGCUUCGCUACCAGAAGCUGCCCAGCGAGGAGGACGAGCUCAGCGCUGAAGACUCCGACAGCGCCCCGCUUCUGGGCGGGACCAAGAGGACGGGGGGAGGCGGGGCUAAAUUGGAGAAGCAGCCGCCCGACUUCCCAGCAGGCAAGAAGGACUCGGCUGACUCCGGGGUGCGGUCGGACGAGAGCUCGCCUGACCAGCCCAUGCGGGCCGAGGAGGCGGAGCCAGCCCAGGCGGAGCGGGCCAAUCUGAUUGAGCUGAGCGGCGAUGGCCCCGCCCCGAUGAGGGCCCUGCCCCGCAGCCUGAGUGGCCUGCAGGAUGCCUCCGUUGCCCGCAUGUCCAUCUGCUCGGAGGCGCCCUCCGAAGGCAGCCUGCCAGCCAGCAGUCCCGAGGACAGCUGGCCCCAGCCCCAGGGCUACAACCUGAACCGCACGGCCAGCAACACCACGCUCAACAACAACACCAACGGCCAGCAGGGCCCGCGCGAGGACACGCCCACCGAGGUCACCCCGCUCAUCAUCGCCCCUGGCUCCGGUACCGCCCCCUCGUCCCUGACCAACCAGAACCUGCGAGGGAUCCAGCUGAAGAGGGGCGGCUUGACCUCCGGGAACGCCUCCGUGACCUCUGACACCGUGACCUCCGACACCAUAGCCUAUGGAGAGGAGCGGGAGAGCAUUCUGUGAGCCGUAAAGAGGCCCCUAUCGCAGCGGAGAGGCCAUUAGGCACCCGCAGGGCAGCAGAGAGGCUCCUAGAGGCUGUUAGGGAAGCAGAGAGGCCCCAAAGGGCCCUUAGUGCAGCAGAACGCCCACAGAGGCCCUGCAGUAGAUGUUUGAUGUCUUUAUGGUACAUGUUUAAAAAAGUAAAGAAAUACAGUGCUUGCACAAACAGGAGAAGAGGUUACAGAUCAAAAUCUAGUGUGUUAAAAUGUGGUGCAUAGCUUUAAGCUCAGGUUGAAAACAAUCUUGUGCUCAUGAGGAUAAGAACGUAAAAAUGAUCACAUAUUCAGUGCAAAUGAAUUUGCCAAGCUUUUUUGUGAUACUUUCAAAGCACUCUUUAAAAAUUUUACAAUCUAGACAAAAAUCACAAGUGUGGAAAACACACAACUUCAGGGUUAUAAUUGGUUGUGUAAUUCAAAGAAGUGCAAGCUCAGGCUGUCAGUUCUCUUACAGUGCUUGUGAAAUGGAACAGAAAACCGUGGAGUGUCUAGUAAUGUUUCGUGAAGUUGCAAAUGUGAACUGGAGCACAGACAGAUCUUUCGUGUCGUCCGCACGGCUGGUGUACGGUGCGGCAUUUGUGGUUUGUGUUUGGUUAAUGAAAAUGGCCGCUGACUCGAUUGGCAGGAGAUUUUGCUGAAAGGCCGAGCAAUGUGUUACACGCGGCUCGUCUAAUCUGAAGGGCUUCAUCCAGUCCCGCUGCCAUCCGAGAGGAAACCGCUGAGUCUGGGCCGUGCUGGCAACGCCAGCCGUGCUGGAAGUAGCUUUGCUGUGAGUUCGUGUUGUAUUUGUGAUAGAAAAGCCUUUGUUCCCAUGCCGAACACCGGUGAAAUAGAAACCCCAGCUGUCCUGUUUUUUGUGCUCCCUUCAUGGGAACCAUAUCUGCCUCUCAGAAUUGCACACUGGUUUUAGGUCAACACAAACUGAGUGUCUAUCAGGCUCGAGGCAAAAGUGGCCCACAAGUGCUGAUCUAGGACCUGAUUCUCCAACCACAAUUCUAACCUUAACCAUAAUCGUCUUAACGGCAAAACUGGUCAUAGAUAAGCACUAACGGGCAUCUUUUGCUUUGAGUUUUUCAUGCAUGCCCGGUGCUGUGUAUGUGUUUGUGGUGGAAAUGUGAUGUUUUGGUGGUCUUUUUUCUGGGAUGACAAUAUAGAAA